AUGGCUGAUCAAGACCUUGAACGUUACUUUUCUCAAUCCGAGAAGCAGCUUGAAAUCGACCGUGUACUGCAAUGUUUCAAGCUGGAUCCUUUCUCCAUUCUAGAUCUCCCAUAUGAAAAACCGGAUUCCAAGACUCUUAAGCUGCAGUACCGUAGAAAGAGCCUCAUGAUUCAUCCCGACAAGGUCAAGCACGAUCGCGCAGAAGAAGCUUUCGCCCUAUUGAAGAAAGCUGAAUUGGAGCUUGAAGAUGAAGCGAGAGUCAAACAUUUGCUCAGCAUAGUGGAAGAAGCUAAAGUGGAAGUGCUUAGAGAGAAUGGUUACAAGGUCAAGACACAGGUUGUGGCAACUUCUUUGAACUCGGAUGUGCAAGGAUUAUCAGACGCAGCAGAAGAAAAGAAGGCGGAUAAACCCAACAGCGAGAGAUCAAAAGUAGUGAUUGAGUCUGCCACUUCUGUCAACACCGAACAAUAUCCUUUUCUGAAAACACGCGAGGGACGUGAUGCUGUACGCGCCAAAGUAAAGGAAAUCCUGUUUGAGAUGGAACUACGACGAAGGCGACAAGUCAAAAAAGAGAUGGAAGCUGAAGGGGCGGAAGCGCGCCGUGCGGAGGAGGAGACUCAGCGUCGCAAGCGCAAACAGGAGGAAGCUAAACAGUGGGAAGCUACUCGAGAUCAACGUGUGAAUAGCUGGCGUGAUUUUCAAAGAAAAGGAGGACGCAAAGUAAAAAAAGUCAAACGAUCAGGUCUAGCUUGA